AUGCUCGACAGCCAUAACUACCUCGCCCAGCGGGGCUGGAAAGGGAAAGGUACUGGCCUUCGUCCAGGUGGGAUCAGCAAACCCAUUACAGUUGUCCAGAAGAAAACGCUUGCAGGCGUUGGAAAAGACAGAGACGAGGCUUUCCCCUUCUGGGAGCACGUUUUCGAUGCGUCUAUGAAGUCUGUAAAUAUUAGAAUACCCUCCGACACUGAUUCAGACUCAGAAGCAGAGGGGAAAAAGGACACAAGGAGUGCAGCACCAGUCUUUCAACGGACUUCUACGGGGAUCAUAUCAAACAGGAGACCCAUUAAUGGCGCAUCUGUCCCCACCAGCACCUCUUCAUCUGUAAACCUAUCCGCUAUUGCCGCAGCCAAGCACGAAUCAGCUCGCAGGCAGCUAUAUUCACUCUUCGUCAGGGGCCCCGUCAUUGGUGCAACUGACCCGAGCUCCACUUUUCCCUCAAAAUCCGAGAUAUCCGGUGUCGAUAUUUGUCCCCCCACCUCUCAGCACCUCUCGCUCACACUUGCCGCUGAUGACAACCGAACCACUUUAAAAAAUUCUCCCACCCCAAGGGAGUGGACACAUAGUACAAACCCGCCAUUGUCUCCAGGAGCAGCCCCAAUAACCCAUAUAGACAGACCACCCUCCGAAAAUACAGAAGAUUUUUGUAGGGGAGCUGAAAAAAGGGCCAAGAAAGAACGUCGCAAAUUUGAGAAAAAGAAGCUUAGAAAAAAGGUUCCUCAAGUCCCAGAUUGA